ACGAGGACAGGAUGUGUUUCGCUACAUGAAGUCAGUGACGUUAUGUUACUCGAAAUGUCUCGUGUGGAAAUAUGUUCCCUGGCCUACGAGGGAAAAUUUAACGAAUUGAAAGAAAAAAUAGGCUUGAAACAAAGUUUAGCGACUAAAACAGACGAGAAUGAGCGAAUGCCACUGCACUGGGCAGCUUCUGGUGGACAUACUGACAUUGUGAAAUAUUUGCUUGAUCAUAGAGUACCAAUUGACGAAAAAGAUGAUUCUCAGUGGACUCCUCUGAUGAUUGCUGCAUCUGCUGGAAGAGAUGUAAUUGUCUCCUUGUUGAUUGACUCUGGAGCUGAUGUUAACAGCACAAAUGAGGGAGGCCAAACAUCAUUGCAUUAUGCAGCAUCUAGGAACAGACAUGAGAUUGCAGAGCUGCUGCUUCACAAUGGAGCACAUGUUAACACACAGGACAAGACAAGUGCUGCAACCCCUCUCCAUCGUGCUGCAUCUAGGGGUCAUUCCAAGAUGGUCAAGCUGCUUUUGAAGCAAAAUGCUAACUGUGAUAUACAAGAUGCUGAAGGCAACACUGCUCUUCACAUGGCCUGUGAGGAGGAGAGAGCAGAAAUAGCUGUGACAUUAGUAGAAAAUGGUGCUAAUCUGUACAUACAAAAUAAGAUGAACCAGUCGCCUGUUGAAGUCGCCAACAAGGGACUUGCAAGACAGCUUAUUCAUUUGGGUGACAGCUGAGUCCGCGCACUCUACACAUAUGACGUGUACUUUAUAUUGGCUGUCACCUGGACCUCCCAACUUCAGCUUUUUCUAGCCGUUUCUACAUCUGUUUGUGGCUAUCAGUUUGUUUUCCUUCUGUCUGUAUCAGUUUGUUUUCUUUUUUCUUGUCUGCCUGCCUGCCUGUCAGACAGUUAGUC